ACAAAAAAGACAAGUUUACCAUUACGGGGGACAAAACUUAACUUUGGGAAUCCUGAUUCACCACAGUCUGGUGACAUUGAAAAGGAAGGGGGAGAGCAGGAUGAACAAAAGCAUACAUCUUGUACAGAAGAGGAGUUACAGGCUAAGCAGUGCCCCCCCGAAUUACAAUUACAGCUGUCAAAAGAUGAGUGGAACAGAAUAAAACCAUCCAAAAGACAAGGAUAUAGAAUCCUUAAAGCUGGCUGGACAGACAUGCUUUCAGAAAAACUCGGUCACAUAAGCAACUGUGUUCUGUCAUUUUCGUACAAUAAAGCUAUUCAGUGUCAGUCAAGAAAAAAAUUGUGUCCAUUCUGGCAAGGAAAGGCCAGUUGCAAAUUUCCCGGUUGUGCACAGUUUAAUUUCAGCAUUUUUGAUGAACCUGCCAAAGAUGCAGACUGUGUCCUGGUUAAGGUGGAAGUGUCUGGCCAAACAGAUCAUUCUACAGGCUUCACAUUUCGAAGACGCACUAGUAAAAGUGAAAGAAAAACAUUGAAGGAGAAGCUGAGACAAUUAACGCCCAUGCACCUUCACACCAAAACAAUUGCAGCUGCAGAUGAACAGAAACUAAUUGAGGGAAACACAAAUGAGGUGCCUCCGCUCACAGUACUGCAGAAAAUCUCCAGUGAAAAAAACCUGGAAAAUAGAUUAGACACAAAUCCAUUUCUGGAUUGUAUCGAAAUUCAGAACCAUCAAGACUUGAACCUAAAUUUCAGUCCGUUACAGCAUCAGUAUAUACAGUUUGUGGCAAUGUCACCCUUUAUCACACACAUGUACUCUGUUGAUCAACUCCAGCUUCUGAAAGACUUCCAGAAAGAAGGCAAACUCUUCCUCUACCUCGAUGCAACUGGAACUGUUGUGGCCAAACCUAAAGACUGCAAAAGUAUACUGUAUUAUGCACUUUGCUGUCCAGUUAUAUCCACUACAGAAACAACAGUUGUUGCCGUAGCAGAGAUGCUCUCUUCUGACCAGAGCACACCUACAAUACAGCACUGGCUUACUUGUCUGUCACGUGAUUAUUGUAAAAUGUUCAGACAGCACCUCCAUCCUCAAAAAGUUGAGACAGACUUUAGUUGGGCAAUUAUUCAUGCGUGUAUCCAAGCUUUCUGUCAGAUUGAUGUGCACACGUACUUGCAGCGGUGUCUUCAGGUCACGGAAGGGAAAAUAAAGUGCUCGUUCACUGUUGUGCACAUAUGUGCAGCACACAUGAUAAAGAUACUUUGCUGUAAGGUGUCUAAAGUAAAAUGUGGAAAGCCAACAAAGGACCUCUUCCUUUACUCCAUGGCACUGCUGCAAAAUGCCACAACACUGAAUGAGAUAAAAGCUCUGCUAACCGACAUUGGAACUGUUUUUUCUGAGGCCACACAUACAAACUGCCAGGAGAGUAUAAAUAACCUGAAGACUGCAAUUGAAAAUCAGUCUAUUAUUGCCGAUGUGGAAACUGAAAUAACACCAACAGAAGAAGCAGACCUAUUCACAGACACAACCCCGAAAACAAUCAGGCAUGACUCCCCUUUUGUGAGAUGCUUUGAAGAUGUACUCUCAGGAACAACAAGAAAGAGACAGACAAGGAAGGCAUUUGUAGCUCCCCCCAAUCCUUACUAUUGCCCUGGUUUGAUCGACAUAGUCAGUCGAUACUUGGCAACUCUUCCACUUUGGACCGGAAUUAUGUUAAACCAGUUAGGUCGAACAAGAGACACCAACAGUGAAGCAGAGAACUGGUUCCGCACCACAAAAACAAUAGUGUUGAAAAACCAACUACACAGACGUCCUGGAGACUUUAUCCAAACCAUGCAGGAGUUCAUUUCUGGUCGAGUACGUGGUGUGAAGAUUACAAAAAUUCGCCAGGGUGUACUAAAGAACAAGGAACUGACAGAAAUUGAUCAACCAUUAAGUCAGGAGGAGAAAUGGGGGAAAAAACGGCAGAAGAAAAAGAAAUCCAAAUACUUCAACUCCCCAAAGGCUCAGAAACCCACAAAGGGAUCUUUCACAUCUCCUCCAUGGGCUGCUCAUGGAAAGCUGGGACAACAGUCCAUUAAAUUGACUAACACCUGCACAAUAGACAACUUACUGUACAUUCUGUACCUGGCAAUGAAGACAAGACCAUUCAUUCUUGCAGAGGUAGAACAAAUAAAAACAAAAGACAGAUGGAUGAGCACAUUGUUGGAGGUGUUUCGGCACUUCUUAGUCGGACAGUGGUCUCAGGGCAAGAUCUCCUGGUUACAGAACAUCGAUCGUUUCCAAGGAAAUCGCAUGUGGAAUGCUUUCGGAACCGAACAUGACUUUGUGGUUUCCAGACUCGACUACAUCCAUUCCAGUGAAAGAAUGUCUGUAUGUAACAACAAGAAAUGCCCUUCCCCGCAAUUACAAAACAGUUGCUGGAAUGUUGCCAUAUUGUGUGAUGACUUCUCAGACCUACAGCAGUCCAUGGACAACUGGGUUGAUGACAGUCGUUCAUUUCCGUGCAGACAAAAGCACAGAAAUAGAAAGGCAUGUCCGGGUAGAAGGACUUUACACAUCCAGGAAGUUCAUUCAUGGAGUACCUUGUUUUGUGAUCAUGGCUGUUGAUGCUGCAGUGUCCAGUACUGUUGUCCCAGAAAACAGGCCACCAAAUCUACCUCCGUCAGUGGUACUCUGUCA